AUGCUACAACCAAGGCCAAGACCUAGACCAAAGCCAGGGUCAAGCCCAAGGGCAAGUCCAAAGCCAAGGCCAAAACUUAGGCCAAGACCAAGACCUAGGCCAAGGUCACGACCAAGGCCAAGACCUAGGCCAAGACUGAGGCCAAUACCUAGACCAAAGCCAAGGUCUAGGCCAAGACCAAGACUUAGGCUAAGACUUAGGCCAAGGCCAAGACCUAGGCCCAAGACCAAACCCAAGCCCAAGCCCAAGGCCAAGACCUAG